CUUCACUUCCUCUAAAGAUUUACUCUCCUGAAUAUGUGAUGCUCUAGUUUUGAAUCGUCGGUGCUAUAUAAAGAGAAAUUUCGCUGCGGACGAUAGCAAACGAUUCAUAGAAGUUUCGAAACUUGUUAAGCUCCCAGUUUCUUUAAACAGGUACAAAUUAUGAGGGUCCUCUGGACGGCAACAGCUUUAGUAUUACUCAUCUCCACCCCGGCUUUCAGCCAAGGGCCCUUCCCGUUCUUCGGUGGAGGAGGCGGCCCUGUCCCCUUCGGUUUGGGUGGACCCCCCGGAUUUGGUGGGGGACAUCCAGCAUUUGGAGGUGGACCUUUUGGAGGAGGUAUCCCAGUCUUCGGAGGUGGAGGAGGAGGUGGUAGCUUCGGUGGCCCCUCUGGUUUAUCUUUUGGUGGAGGACCCCCUUCCUUUGGACCCGGCCCAUCUUCAUUUGGACCAGGACCCACUCCUUUUAGCAGCGGUGGAGGUUUUGGAGGACCUUCAAGCUACUCCAGCGGUGGUAGUGGUGGCUUCGGAGGUAGUAGCGGAGGCGGAAGCUUCAGCGGUUAUACCAUCCAGGGUCUAGGAGGUCUAGGCGGUUCUGGUGAAGGUGGUCUGCCAUUCUCUCUCGGCGGACGCUUCGGAAGCUUUCUCCAAGGCCUCGGCGGAAGGCGAUGAAAACAAACAUUUUAAUCGGUUUCGGAACAGAUGCGGCGGUCAUUCUCUCGUCUUUGCUUGUAAAUAGAACUGCGCACAAUCUUCAUUCUUCUGCAGCGACAUCUGGUGAAAACUAACAUAAGCUACUGCUUACGUUUCCAAAUACUGGUUAUCACUUUUGUAAAUAGAUACUUCUUCUUUUCUUCUUUUGUUGGAAAAGAUAUUGUGAUAUAUUUUACUGUUGUAAAUAGAAUGGAUAAAAAUAUUAAAUUUUGUUGGAUUUUUA